UGUUGGACAGGAGUCGCUCAGCUAACUGUUACUGUUACCGGAACACUGCAGCCAUGAAGAGAUCCUCAAGCAAAUCCAAAGAAUGCACCUUCAAUGCAGAGGACGGCUAUGUUAGGAUGUUCCUCCGAGGUCGUCCUGUCACCAUGCACAUCCCUGAUCAGCAGAGGGAGAGCUACAGCCUGGACCACAAGGUGGCGCUGCCUGACCGCAAGCUCAAACUGCAGUGGGUGUAUGGCUACCGCGGUCGUGACUGUCGCUCCAACCUCUACCUGCUGCCCACAGGAGAGAUUGUCUACUUUAACGCUUCUGUGGUGGUUCUGUACAACACCGAGGAGCAGCAGCAGAGACACUACUUGGGUCACAACGAUGAUGUCAAAUGCUUGACUGUGCAUCCUGACAUGGUUACCAUAGCAACGGGGCAAGUGGCUGGCAACUCUAAAGAUGGAAAGCUGCUGGCUCCUCAUGUUCGUGUCUGGGACUCCGUGAGUCUCAACACUCUCCAUGUGAUCGGGAUGGGAGUGUUCGACAGAGCGGUCACCUGCGUGGCUUUCUCCAAGUCGAACGGGGGCACCUUCCUCUGUGCUGUGGACGAUUCCAACGAUCACAUCCUGUCGGUGUGGAACUGGCAGAAGGAGAAACAACUGGCUGAUGUGAAGUGCUCCAAUGACUCUGUGCUGGGUGCCGUGUUUCAUCCCAUGGACGCCAACCUGAUUGUCACCUGUGGGAAAUCUCACAUCAACUUCUGGACCAUGGAGGGCAACACACUCACCAAGAGACAGGGCCUGUUUGAGAAACAUGAAAAGCCAAAGUAUGUGUUGUGUGUGGCAUUUGCUGAGAAUGGAGACGCCAUCACAGGAGACUCCAGUGGAAACGUCUAUAUCUGGGCCAAAGGUGGUAACCGCAUCAGCCAGGUGGUGUCAGGGGCUCACGAGGGCGGGAUUUUCUCUGUUUGUGUCCUGAAGGAUGGGACCAUGGUGUCCGGAGGAGGGAAAGACCGCAGGGUGGUUCUGUGGGACCACGACUACAGAAAACAAGCUGAGAUGGAGGUGGGCGAGUUGUAUGGACCUGUUCGGGCUCUGGCUGAAGGUAAACCAGGAGAGCUCUUCGUAGGAACCACCAAGAAUGCCAUCAUCAGAGCCGCCUUCCCUGACACAUUAACACCUAUUGUACAGGGUCACACAGAUGAGCUGUGGGGUCUGGACAUCCAUCCCACCAUGGAGCAGUUUGUCACCUGCUCCCAGGACAGACAGGUUCAUCUGUGGGACACCAACUCCCAUCAGCCCCUCUGGAGCAAGACCAUCGAGGAUCCAGGGAGGUCUGCAGGUUUCCAUCCCAGUGGGGCUGUUAUGGCAGUGGGGACCAUGUCUGGAAGGUGGUUGGUGCUGGACACUGACACCCGGGAUCUUGUUUCUAUGCACACAGAUGGCAACGAGAUCAUUUCCAAUGUAAAAUACUCUCCAGACGGUAACUUCCUGGCUGUUGCUUCCCAUGACAACUUUGUUUACAUCUAUGCUGUGACGGAGAAUGGCAGGAAAUAUAGUCGCGUGGGGAAAUGCACUGGCCACUCCAGCUUCGUCACCCACUUGGACUGGUCAGUUGACAGCCAGUACCUUGUCACCAACUCAGGAGACUACGAGAUCCUCUUCUGGGAGGCAUCCAGUGGUAAACAUGUCACCAAUAUGGAUACUAUGCGCAACCUGGAGUGGGCCACUUCCACCUGCACUUUGAGCUUCAACACCUUCGGAAUAUGGCCAGAUGGAGCAGACGGCACAGAUAUCAACGCCGUGUGCAGGUCACAUGACGGGUCCCUGCUGGCUUCUGCUGAUGACUUUGGCAAAGUGCACAUGUUCUCUUUCCCCUCCUCUCAACCAAGGGCUCAGAGCCACGAGUACGGUGGCCACAGCAGCCACGUGACCAACGUUGCCUUCCUGCACGACAACAGUCACCUAAUCUCCACCGGCGGGAAAGACACCAGCAUCCUGCAGUGGGUGGUUGCCUAGGCAACGCAAUAAAUCCACCUUGCUGAUCCCCACAGGCAGGGACCCGCAUCCUAUCUGACCCCUGUCCCCUCUUCACUGUUCUACUCUCUUACCCACCAGGGGGCAGCACCUCCUCUGUGCCUACUGGAAGUAAUAAUGAAUAAAUAAAUUAAGUAAUCACGCAACUCUACAGACCCACAGAUGUCACACCGGAUGAAAUGAUGAGAGUGUUGUAAUAUUGUCGUAAAUGGAAUAUUAUUCAGUGUCCUGCUGUUUGUAAUAGAAUGUAGAAAAGAGCAUUUGUUGCCACACAGGAAGUGAACCCUAACUGUUCCCGAAACAAAAACAAAAAAAUAUAUAAUCAACUAAUGCACCGGCCGAAUGCUGCUGAUGUUGACCACACAGUAAAUGACAUACAGUGACUUUAGCAUUAGUACUAACUGUGCCUAAACUGUAUUUAUCUUAACCCCCUAUGAUGGAAAUUCCACCUAUUUUAAAAGACAAGUGUCUUGGCUCCUCAAUUACAAAUCAUGUAUACUUUACAUUUUUGACUGCACCUCACACAGUAAUGGUUAGGGCUAUAUUUUUAUUUUAGAGUUUAAUAUUGAAGAAUUUCUCUUACCAUAACAGACAGGUAUUGGUUUCCAUUCAUUUCUUGUGCAGUAUGAACGACAUUUGAAAUGUGCUUCAGGUGGGAAAUUGCAAAUUUUUUAAUUGUGAAGUACAGACUUUUCAAAUCAGCCUGCACCAUAACUGCAUCACUACUCAACAAGAAGAAUGUAAUAUUGACAAAAAUGAAUGCAGAAUUGAUGUUCAACGUAAUGGAUUAUGCUGCUAAAUUAUUUUAACCAUAGAGUUUCAGACAGUACUAAAUGCAUGAAAACCCUAACACUGAGGAGAAAUGACUUCCAGUUGUCUGUAACUUAGGUUGCAAAAUGGUGAACUGAGAUGUUAAGUAUACAGGAGUUGAAAUAAAGGGGUUAAAACAUGUUUCUUGCAAAUGCGAAAUCAAACCUCGUACUUGUGCAGGCAUGUCAAAAAACUGCAUGGUACUUUGUCAAAAUGCAACAUUUAAAAAGUCAGUGUUCCAGUCUAUCAGCUUCUAGCUUUCAGACAGACUAAUGCAUGUUUGUGAGAACUAACGGACUUGUCCUGUGGCAAUGGAACACUCCCUGUGGCAAAGGAACACUCCCUUUAAAAUCUUUAAUACAACCCCAUUGCCUUUUGAGACUUUUCCAUCCCUCAGCCUGAUUUCCAAACUCUUAAGGUGCAGAUUGUAAGUAUUACAGAUUGCUGUAGGGAGAUUGUAAAAGGUACAAAAGUGUCUUUUUCUUUUUUCUUUCUUUCUUUUUUGUCCCAAGCUUCUCAUUUGGUCCCCCUCCCUCCCUUUCUGGGCUGCUGUGUUUUCAUGAUUGUAUUACUACUGUAACUGUGCUGAAAAGGCACUGGAUGGCGCUACAGUGCAAGAGAACGAGCAUGAGCGAGGCUGCCCUCCUCCUGUAGAUGCUGUUAAUGUCGCAAAGGUCUAUAGAGUAAAUAUAUAUAUUAUGCAGUAUAUUCGAGUGGCUGUGUUAUUUUAAUAUUAACCUGUUACUAUGAUGGAUGUUGUUCUUAUUCUUGUGGCACUUUUAGCGAUUUACAGAAGGGUACUGGCUAUACUAUACUGUAGAGGUGAGCUUGAGCUAUGCUUUGCCUUCUUCUGGUUUGUUAAUAAAGUUUUUA